GUCACAUCACCUGUAUCGUGUCUGGGUAAACCUGCUAAAGACCAUGAGCCAUCGCUUUUUCGAGGGCGCGAAACACGCGAAGAUCUAUGCUGUGGCUCGCCCUCGCUACUCUGACAAGGUGUUGGAUCUCAUCUUCAAAUUCUGUCAAGCCGGCGGAGGAAAAUUCAAGCUGGCAGUAGAUGUUGCGUGCGGAACUGGACAUCAGAGUACUCUCCCUUUGGUGGGCCGUUUUGAGAAAGUUAUCGGUCUGGAUGUCAGUGAGCAACAGUUGAAACAAGCGCCUAAAAAUGUGGCAAAUUUGGAAUUCAGACAGUCGACGGCGGAAAAUUUGUCGUUUCUUGAUCCAAAUUCGGUAGAUCUGGUUACUGCUGCGAGUAGCUUACACUGGUUUAAUAUUCAGGAGUUUUACAGGGAAGUUGAGCGGGUGCUGUCGCCUGGUGGGUGUUUGGCUGUCUACACGUAUGGUUGGGCAACACUUCGGGAACCUGGAGCCCAGGAAAUCCUCGAAAAGUUUAUCUCGACGUAUUUGGCGGACUUUUUUCAUGCCGGCAACCUGAUGGCAAUUGGCGGAUACAAGGAUGUUAAACUUCCAUUUGAGGACUCGCAGAGGAACAGCUCAACCAAACACAACAUUGAAAGCACACUGCACGUGCAUCUCGUGCGCAUACAGGGUAUUAAUUCCCAGCUUGACUACCGAUCCUUUAGUCGUUUCCAGACUACAGCAGCUAUGCCGAGGUUAACAAGGGAUCAACGACAACAGGCCAUCGGACGUCUCCACGCAGGUCAACGUGCUACUGUCAUCGCCAAUGACUUCAAUUGUUCUGUAAGAACAAUUGAACGUCUCCGUCAACGGUUCAACACCACCAACAGCACAGAUGACCGUCCACGUAGUGGUCGUACCCUGGUAACCAUCCGUCGCCAGGACAGACAGAUCGUCCGUCACCACUUGCAAGACCGGUUCAACAUGGCAACAGAGACAGCUCGAAACACCAUUGGCACCCACCAAAGAGCAAUCAGUGACCGCACCGUUCGGCGACGCCUUCAAGCCCGCAACCUGUGCUCCCUGAGCCCAGACCUCAACCCAAUAGAGCAUUUGUGGGAUGAGAUCCAAAGAUGCCUCAAUGACAUUAGACCAAGGCCAACAACUGCGGACCAACUACGCACAGCGUUCCUGAGGGUGUGGGCUCGGAUUCCUAUGGCCUAUGUGAAUCGCCUCGUGCACUCUAUGGUCAGGAGGCUUUUCUUACGGUUCAAAACACUGUGUACUGAGCCUGUUACUCCGGAGGAGAUGAUGGCUAAUUCGCUGGACAAGGCAAGGAGACCCACUAAUCUACCCGACAAAGAUGCUCUCAAAAUACUGAAAGAUUACAUUAGAAGUGAAUUAACCCGCCUUUGUUACAACAAACCGUUCCAUGUCAAAAAGUAUACAUGGUUGCGGUCCCUUGUGGUUGCGAGACUCACACUCUAUAAUGGUAGGCGUGGGGAUGAGCCAUCCCGCUUGCUGGUGAAAGAAUGGGAGGACGCAAUUGACGGUACUUGGAUACCAGCACAUCAAGUAGAAGACGUGGAAGACGAGGCUGAGAAAUAUCUCAUUGGCCAAUUCAGAUUGGCGUAUCUUCAUGUAAUGCCCAUAAAAACAUAA